CUUUUUCCUGUUUCUUUAUAAAUAUAGAAAAGGCAAUUUUAAGGUUACUAGUAAAAUGCCAUCCAGCGGUACUGGUUUCAACUAACGAUAAUUUAUUCAGCGUCCAAGAUUGUGUUCCCUGUGUUAACUGAUCGGCUAUGCAACUAACUAGCUGGCUGCUGUCAGUCCAUCCUUGAGACUGAUAAAACCCAAGUCGUCGGCACGAUGCCUUGGGAUGACAUUAUCUACGUUUCUUUACUAUUACUGUGCAUAGUAUUUGGUCACUGGUAUCGUCAAAUAAAGAAUAGACAACACAGACAAUGGGUCAGCACAAUUUUAGGAUUAACCGUGAUUAGCAUUGCAUCUGGUUAUCAUGCAAUUCAUCCAAUCAUUUGCAUUGUUGUCAAUGCUAUAAUAAUUACUCAACUUUCUUGGAAAGUAUGUCAUAUCGUAAGCUUCUGCUUUACAUUUUUCUACCUUCUGGGAUUUUUCCGGUUAGCUGACUGGUAUGGUCUUCCAUUGCCAUCAGCUCAUGCAAAUUUAAUACAGAUGAUGCUCACAUUGAAGUUAUCCGGAAUGGCAUUUGAAGUAAAUUCAGCAGCACAGGCUCCAAAAGAUGAUGCACAAGGCAUGAAUGCAGAAGCCUUCAGGAAAAUUGGUUUUAUGGAUGUUAUUCAUUAUGGCUCUACAUACAUUGGAAUUCUCACAGGUCCCUAUUAUCGUUAUAGAACUUACUGGGAUUCCUUACACAGACCAUUUUCCGAUCAGGCUGAUCACUUGAGCGUUACAUGUACAAAGUUCAAACAAAUAGUGCCCUUUGCACUUAUUCAUCUACUAUUCAAUUAUACAUUUCCAGCAAAGUAUGCACUAACAGAUGACUUUGGAACACGAUCUUUCCUUUAUCGAUUCUGUUACAUUUAUCCAACAUUUGUGACAUUCCGUACAAGAAUGUAUACUGGAAUGGCACUUUCUGAAUGUGUCUGCACAAUGUCAGGACUUGGAGCCUAUCCCACUAGCUGUGAAACCAUAUCUGGAUUGGGACCAAAAAAUUACAAAGCAAUAGAGUCACUUACUUUCCCUCAUUGCAGAAGCAAGGAUCCUGACAAGGCCAUGAAGGAGGCACUAGACUUUGAGACGGUGCACAAUAUCAACUUCUGGGGAGUAGAGUCCUGUGUGCUUGUGAGGACAGCUAUGAAGAUGUGGAACACGUGCGUUCAAUACUGGAUGGCCACGUGCGUCUACAAGCGAUUUCCUUAUAAACCACUCAGAACCUUGUUCACUUUAACGCUGUCAGCAGUUUGGCAUGGUUACCAUGCCGGAUAUUACCUGUGUAUUUGCUCAAUUACGUUUUUCCUACCCAUGGAGGACAUUUAUGUUAAGUUUUACAACCAAACCAAGGAAGGGAAUCUUACAAAGAAAGGCUUGGGACUUCUAAUGUGGUUUUUGAAAUCAACGUGUAUGGCAUACCUGGGUAUAUCUUUCCAGCUGCUAAAACUCGAAGAGACUUUAGCCUAUUAUAACAGUGUUUACUAUGCGGGACAAUUGUUAGUCGUCAUUUUAUACAUAGUUGGAUUAGUGCUCAAACCUUUUAUCCUAGAAAAAUCUAAAGUCUAGCUUAUCCAUAAUGUACAAAAGGAGAUAAGGUAAUAUGCGAGUCAUAAUCAAACAGUAACUAAUAGCGAGAAAGAAGAAUUUAAUCAAUUGAAGAUCUGUCUUAUACUAAAGUUGAAACGUAUGCAUAAAAGGGAUCUGGUAUAUUUGCAGCUAAGUAUAAGAGUACAUACGCACAAAACAUAAUUUAUUGUAUAUUCAGUUGUGUAAUCAAGAAACAAAGGAGACGAAACAAUUGCACAUCAAAUUCGAAGUGCCACUAGUAAUAAAAAAAUACAUAUACGCUGAAAUUGAAAAUGGAAGCUCAAAGUGAACGAUCGAAAUAGAGAAGCAAUAACAAAUCU